AUACCACGCCUGUGCCGCAGGUGUCAGUGCAGGCAGCAGCUAGAAUGUAAACACGGAGCAGCGGCUAAAUGACAGCAGCUAACGUUAGACCUUAAACCUUAAACCUUAAUUUAAAGAGGAAAUGGGAAUGAUUAAAUAUUUCCCCGCUGUAUAAUUUAACCAAUUCAACUGUUUAAGUUAAGAUUCUAGGGAACAGCAAUAGUGUGCUUUGAUUUUGAGACCAAGCUAACCAGCUAGCUAGCUUAGCUUCGGUUGAUUUUAAAGUCAUGAACUCUCUGGUUGGCUACGGAGUGUCCUCGGAGUCCGACAGCGAUGGAGAUUUAGAGGAUGUAAACCGUGAUGGAGUUGGUUCUGUUGAGGAGAUGGGUGAGGUGGCAUCAGCUGUGAAAAAGACCCGCAACUUCUUGCUGGAGUCUUGUUCAACUUCCAGUGAAUCAGAACCAGAGGAAGAGGAGCCAGAACCCUCUUCAUCAUCACCACAUGCCUAUAAACCAGCAUCUUCGGCAGCCUGCCAGCCCACCCUGCCUGCUCCUUCCCUGGGUUCCCUCACCUCCAAUAAACUACCCCCUCCUUCUCUACGUACGUGUUCGGACGGCAGUGUGUUUGCCAACCCUUUCAAGGCUCAGGCAGACCAAAAGCUCAGCGCCUUGCAGAAACACGUCCCUCUCACAAUGCAGGCCAAACCCUCCCAGAUAGGAGGUAAAAGGAUGUGUGUGUCAUACAGGAAAGAUGGGAGAUGCAGGUUUGGGAUCAAAUGCAAGUUUGCUCACGACAGUGACCUCCAGACUCGCACCGAUUGUCAUCCACCUGUGAGUGAAGAAACAUCAGCGUCAGAUCAAGAGUCCCAGGCAGGUGGCUCAUUUGGAAGAGGAUCCCAGAACCUCCAUCAGGAGACAAAAGAGGAAGAGUUAGGAGGGCAGCAAGUGAAGAAGAGAAAGGUUGGACUGAGUAACACCUUGAUUCCUCCUAAACGAGCUAUGAAGCAGUAUGCCAUGCAGAGGGAAAGAGAGCAGAUCAAUAUGUCCUGAUGGAGGUGUUUGGUCAUUAAAGCAAUAGUACUAGGGUGAAAUGUUUUUUCAGUGUGUAUAUAUUAUAGAAAUUGUGCAAUAUCCAUUCUAGGACCAAUUAAUGACUCAGGCGUACAGUAAUUUGUGGUUCUUGCUCAAGGACAUUUUGACAUGUGGACAGGAGCUGGGGAUUGAACCACCAACCUUACUGUAAAUGGUUGACCUCAAGCCAACUAAACUAUAGCUGCCCCAGUUGAAGAGAAAUGCUGUUGGUUUUCUUGGGUGUGUUAUUUGUUUUGAUUGUGUUCUCAAACUGUCAGUGAAUACUCCGGAUAAAUGUUAAGACGUUUAUUUACAUCUUAUAAAUGAACUGUUUCUGUUUUUGCUCUA